GAAAGAAAGGGAGAGAGAAAGAAAGAAAAACAGGCUGAAGCUGAGGUGGCCUCCAUGAACCGCAGGAUCCAGCUGGUUGAAGAGGAGCUGGACCGUGCUCAGGAGCGCCUUGCAACUGUUUUGCAGAAGCUAGAGGAAGCAGAAAAGGCUGCUGAUGAGAAUGAGAGAGGUAUGAAGGUGAUUGAAAAUCGGGCUCUAAAAGAUGAAGAAAAGAUGGAACUCCAGGAAAUCCAGCUAAAGGAAGCAAAGCACAUUGCAGAAGAGGUAGAUAGGAAGAAUGAAGAGGUAGCUCGUAAGUUGGUGAUUAUCCAAGGAGACUUGGAAUGUACAGAGGAACGCAACGAGCUUGCAGAGUCCGGUUGCCGAGAGCUGGAUGAGCAGAUCAGACUGAUGGACCAGAACCUGAAGUGUCUGAGUGCUGCUGAAGAAAAGUACUCUCAAAAUGAAGACAAGUAUGAAGAAGAAAUAAAGAUUCUUACUGAUAAACUCAAGGAGGCAGAGACCCGUGCUGAGUUUGCUAAAAGAUCGGUAGCCAAGCUGGAAAAGACCAUUGAUGACUUGGAAGAUAAGCUGAAGUGCACCAAAGAGGAGCAUCUCUGUACACAAAGGAUGCUGGACCAGACCCUGUUGGACUUGAACGAGACGUAG